UAUCUGCAAGCCACACCCACCGAGCUUCUUCUGAUUGGAUAAUCCUGGACCCCCGCCACAACACUGCCCUCAUUAAGCAGCCCGGUAAACAUGCCCUGUGCAGACCGUAUGCAAGAUUUCAAACCGAGAUCCACAACGAGAUAGCCGGGGAACCAAAAAAGGCGCAAAGAAGAGAGGACCGGAGUUUUAGACUUUGCCACACACAAAAAGGAACCCUAAUCUCCCCAAACGCACCAGCAUCAACCGAGAAAGACAUCCAAACGCGUCUUUUUAAAAAGGUUGGCACAGACAAGAUGAAAAGUUUCUUCGUGUUGGCAAUACUGUCGUUUCUAAUGAUGGUGAGAUCGUGCCACUCAAGUUGCGAGGAGAUACAGGAACCAAGUGGCAGCGAUUUACAAAUAAAGGAUAGUUCGAGCGUAAACACACUACCCCGCUCCUUCUUGAAGCGGUUCUAUGACGGGAUGAAUUAUGACGGCUUUGUCGGACUCAUGGGCAAAAGAACCGCCGGGUCAAACGAACUGCCACCUCAGAAAAGAGAUAUGCAUGAUUUCUUUGUUGGACUUAUGGGAAGGAGAAACACAGAGAACGGCAAUCCAGUCCCUUUAAAAAAGGAAACUUUCCCAGAAUCAAGAGGAACCAUCUUUCCUAAUAAGUGUAAAAUGAGGUUUCGUCGCUUCGUGUAGUGCCGAAGUCCCGAUCUCAUCAGCCAAAGCGCAUCAUGUUUUCAAAUAUGAACAAUUAUUAUUUUGUAUACAGGAGAGCCCAUGUUUGUUGUAAAGGAAAAGUGAAAUACACACACACAUUCUGUUCCAUUGAAAAGCUAUUGUAAAAAUUAUCUGGGCAGUACAGAUUAUUUCAGUACAUAGAUACCCGGCUUUGCGUUGGCUGUUUUAUUUAAUGGUGUAAAACAUCAUUUUUGAUUUAAAAAAAAAAAAAAAUCAAUAAUAAUAAUAAUAACAACACAUGUUUUAUAAAUAAAAGUGAGUACUGCAUUUCUUUUUUUUUCUUUAAACAUUUAAAUACACUGCAAGAAAAAAGGCUUGCAUAUGUUACCACGUUGUUGUAGCUCAGAGGCUCUACAGUACAGGCGAACAAAAUUAAACAGCGGAGGGCAACAACAGAUAAGACCAUUUAGGGCGAAACCAGAAACCCUUGUGUUGUGGGACAGACAGAUUGGGUUCACCUGUCCAGUUCUAAGGAUUCUGGUCCCCGUUCCAUUUUCAGGGAUAACGGCGAGUUGCGGAGCACCAGGGCGUUCAGGUGUGAUCCGGUUCAGCUCGGUUCAGGUGUGGUCAGCUCUUGGAGACUACAGCCUGUGCCGAAGUUAGUUAAUCACAUUACUGUUUGAAACAGGGCGGCCCAUGGUGUGAUUAACAGCAAAUCUGCUUAUCCACUUACACGGGAUUAAGGUUUACUGUGCGGUCACGACCCUUCAUUGAGCUCCCUGCUCAAAUUACAAAAAAGCACAAAGCCAACUGGCAAUUCUGCACCCAGCUGUACUGAUGGGAUAUGAAUCCAUUAAAGAGACCCCUAUUAUAAAGCUUUAACCCAGUCUGGUAAAGAAAUCAACAGCAGUCUCUCAACUACACCACUCUGUACCUAGAUACAUAGAGAACCGCUGACCGCAUCCUGAUAAAACUUGAAGAGGCCAUGAAUUCGCUCAAGUGGUUGCGUCUGGCCGUCUGCCUUUACAGAUGUAUGUAUGCAUGUCACAUUUACAAUCCAAUUGUCUGAGAACUUGGUUAGAACAUAGGGACAGAUGAAGGGGCGUGUGUCGCAGUAUUUCACACUUUCUUGUUUUUACAUACGUGUAGGUGUUGGUGAUCUACUUCAUUGACGACACAGGGGUGUGUGUUACUAAAUAUGCCUGUGUAUUUAUUCUAAACCACUUUUAAAUAAGCCUUCUUUGUGAACCCACCAAGAUAUCCGAAGCCCGGAUCUACAAGGCAAAGCUAAUUAAGACAGCUGCUGCUUCGCUUCACCCGAUCUUUCAAAAGCACUGCAGGGACCGGCGAUGCACUUGGACUGGGGACUGAAGAAAGCUCUGGAAAACAAACCACAAGUGCUGAAUAAAAACACAUUUCGUGCCUGGGUGGUCACACACAUUAUAAUUCAACGUAACACUAUUUCUUUGGCGAUCAACUGUUACUGGUAACGCUUCACGCCUUGCUUAGUAGCGGUCUGUUUUGGUUUUGAACCCGCGACACAAACACACACAAAAACACAGAGCCAUGAUUGGUUCGUUUGCUGGAACCCACCAGAUGGGUCAUUUUAAUCUCAAGUAGAAACCUUGCGUUCAGUCAGUUACUCACAGUACAAUGUUCAAUACAUACAGAGGACCGAAUGGCUUCAUGCCUUUAGUACUGUACCUACCGCACUUCAAAAACUUGUGUUGGCCUGCAGCAAACCAACCCACUUUAAAACUGGCCUUGAUAUAUACUGUGUUGGUACACUUUAGCGAAAUGUUUAACUUGAAAUAAAUGCUUGUGAUUUAAAAAGAAAACAGCAUCAUUAUUUUAAAAGUGACUUGCCUUUUAAAGGCGUCAUACUUUGAAUAAUUAUCGAAUAGUUCUUUAAAAGACAUUCUCCAUCACAGAAUACAUUACUAACGUGUUAUUUCUGUGUAAGUAUAAUCAUUAUUGCACUUUAUAUCUGAGUCUUCAACCAGGAGGUGCUCCGUGGAGCAAUGCUUAGAUCAUAUUCAAUAUACACUUAAAUACUAUAGAGUGAACAAACUGUAAAAUGCAAUGCGGAGACCAUCUUUAGCAUUGAUAUUGCACAUUAAGUUGUUUGGUUUAUUUUUUUAAGAACUUAAUUUUCAAUUUUUGUUAUCUUUAAGAUAACGUAUUAAGUUUUUUUUUUUAAAUAAAAAAAUGGUAAGAUUUUGGUAUAAAAACUACAU